AUGGCAAGUUUUGUUAAACUCGAUUCCACUAACCUCGUUCAAGACAAUUAUAACAGCACAUGGAAAUACAGCUUUCCUGGCAGUGCUGCCGAUUUUAAGGAUGUGGUAUGCGCGGCUCAAUCGAUUUCGAUGUAUAACUCUGAAUACAACAUCGUUGCAACUCAGCUUCUGAAUAAAGCCUUCAAAAUCGAGGUUCCGACAGCUGGAACCACAUCCAAUGUAUAUGUUGUCCUCCCUGAUGGACAUUACAGCUAUACCGAUAUUAAUCGAAGCAUUCCGACGGCUCUCGUAAAUGCUGGAGCUGUGUAUUAUGCUGCUCAAUUCGAUUUUAGCGCUACUCCAACGACACUUCCUACAGCCGGUGGCACUUGGACACGACCAGCAAGUGGGCUUUAUUCGUCAGGCGGUACUGGUUUGCCAACAACAACGCGUGUCCCUCGCAUCAUCAUUGAUAGCGCCUCUUUUGGUAAAGUAGCAGGAUUGACGGCUGGUACGUAUCCUUCAGCGUCUGCAACGGCUUCAAGUGCUCAGCUGUCAAAUACCAUUCCUCAGAUUCACCCAACCUCGAGCUACAUCGUUCGAUGCGACCUGAUCAAAAACGAGUAUGUUGCCUCUGGUGAUAUCCUUAGUGCGUUUGACCGUCGUGAUGCUCAGGCAGGUCAAUUAAUCAGCUAUAAGCCGAGUCAGUAUGCUUGGAUGAACUGUCAUAACGGCGCGAGAACGUCCAUUACAAUCAGUAUCUAUAAUCAAAACGAUCAAAAGGUUAAGUUCCGUGGUACUUCUGUCUCGAUCAUGUUGUUGCUGAGGCCAAAAAAUAAGCACUCAAUGAUUUUUUUCUCCCAUUCCGCAGAAUAG